GUUCGAGCCACCGGCAUAGCCCUGUCAACAAACCCUACCAAUUCGAACAGCCGCGAGCAGAUCGGAGGAAACCGUAUUUCAACGGAGAUUACAGACACAUGCGAUCUGCUGGAUCGGAAUCGGAUGAGGAUCUGAAAGGAUUGCCAUUUGAGGAGUACAGGAGGCUGAAGCGUCAGAAGUUGAGGAAAAUGCUUAAGAAUUGUAUUUGGAAUUGCACGCCUAGCCCACCUAGAGCUGAGAACGAUCCAGAAGAAGACGAAGAUCCAGACGAAACUCAGGACAAUGAUUUGAAGGACAAAGUGAAUGAGACUAGGGAUUGCUCGAAGAUGGAUUCCAAGCGCCCCAGUGAUGAUUCAUCCGAGAGCGAAUCUGAUUCUGAUUCUGAAUCAUCCGAUUCUGAUUCUGAAUCAGACUAUUCGCGUUAUAGGAAGUCUAAGUAUAGGAAGAGGAGGAAAUCUAGCUCUAUACACAGAAGUAGAGUAAGAUUCCCAUCUGAAAGUGAGAGUGAAUCAGACGAUUCAAGUGAUGAUUCAGAAGUUAAGGCAAAGAGGAGAAGGAGCAAAUCAAAGAGAAAUCAAAGCAGGCAGCACAAGAAGAGGAGCCAGAAAAAGAAGAGGGAUAGAAGUCGGCGCAGUAGGAAGAGCGAAACAGAGUCAUCAGAAGCUAGUGACACAUCAGAAGAUCAGAUCAAGUCAAAAAAGGCAGGAUCUUCAUCUUCAAAGUCUGGGCAUGGAAGAAGUAAAAGGAAAAGGUCUGUUCCCUCAAGCCCGAGCUCUGAUUCUGCAGCUGAUGCAAAAACCAAACACAAAGCUGAAGAAACAUUGGGAAUCCCCCUAGUCACAGACGAGGUUCUAGAAUUAAAAGAACUGAUCGAGUCGAGGAAGAAGCCUCCUGUUGAUAACCAGCCCAUAGUUGGCCCAAUGCCUAUGCCCAAAACAGAUGGACAGCCUGUAAACUACGGAGGGGCACUUCGGCCUGGUGAAGGUGAUGCUAUAGCCCAAUACGUUCAGCAAGGGAAACGUAUCCCACGUAGAGGUGAAGUGGGUCUUUCAGCUGAUGAGAUUUCAAAGUUUGAGUCUUUAGGGUAUGUGAUGAGCGGUAGUAGGCAUCAGAGGAUGAAUGCUAUUCGUAUCAGAAAGGAAAACCAAGUUUACAGUGCUGAGGAUAAGCGAGCAUUGGCUAUGUUUAAUUACGAGGAAAAGGCGAAGCGUGAAACUAAGGUUAUGGCUGAUUUAAAGCGCUUGGUGAAUCGCCACACGGUGGGCUCUGAUAUUGUUCCCUCUCAUGAUCCAUUUGCCGGACGAUCCUCUGAUGUGCCUGAUGUUUGAGAUCUUAUGAAUAGAGUUUGAACAGAAAAAAAAAACUUCUCUUGAAUGCAUCUAGCAAACAGCCUUGUUGCAUGUUUAAUCUGUUCUGCAUCUCAGAACUUUAAAUUCUGUUUCUUGGUUAAAUUUGUAAUCAUAUUCUCUUUCUAUCAUCAACUAUGGAGUAGUCUGUUUUGUGCAAUUCACUUCAUUUUCAUAUGACCAGUUAAACACCCUUGAAGUUUAAGAGAAUUUUCCUACAGACAAAGUGCAUGAAAAAGUGUAAAUGCCCCAACUGAUCCCUUUAGAUCUGAAUCUUGCUCUAACAAAACAGUGAUUUGUAG